AUGUCCCAAAAGAAGAACCAAGAACUUCCACCCACCAAGGCCCCUCUUCCCCCAUUUGGAGAGCCAGGGCACCAAGGAAAAUCCGCUCUCCUCCGCGAAAACUUUCUCUGCAACCUCGCAGAUGCGAUCGUUCCUGCUGGUCUUUUCGGUGAUCACAAGAGACACCGCCGAGACAGCGCCUAUAGAGCUGGCGACUUCAAAAAGGCCGAUGUAGAGGCCCACGAUGAGGAGGAUGACUGGGUCAAUUUGACAGAUAAGACAGUCAAAUCUGGUCCUCUGCAGAUCACUCCCCGUGAUGCGAAAUCUGAAGAGCGUCGCCGCAGUCCCAGCAUGAGCAAAUCACCACCAACGAGUCCGGGCUUUAGCCAGGCUAAGCUCAGUGCGAGAUCAAUCCAGGAUGCCUUUGUUGCUUGGGCUAUCACUGGCGAUACCGAUCUGACUCCUGCCGUUGUUGGCCAGCCCGACAACUCCAAGUUCGUCCUUCGUCGCUACGAUAUCCGUGAUCCUACCAAGAUCGAAAAGAAGCGAAUCGAUUUGCACAUUGAUGAAUUCGACUGGAACAACAAGGAGCAUGUUGAUAGGUUGAAUAAGGCUCGUCGUCACUGGGAAAUCAACACUCUUGAGUCUAACCCUCAGACCAGUGGAAAGUCCCGUGUCACAAUCGAUGGAAGACGUUCGCCUGUCGACACCUCCGUCGGAAGCUGGUCACCUGGCGAUGAGGAGGAUGAUGAUGGAGACUUGAUUGAUUUCUAG